UCCCUGAGCCACCUCAGAUCAUUAACCACAUGCAGCCCCUGUCUGUGGAGUCCGGUAAAUCUGCUCGCUUCUCUGUGGAAGUGACUGGCGUCCCCCAGCCCCAGGUGUUCUGGUACAAGAACUCUCAGGCUCUCUCCCCUGGCUUCAACUGCAAGUUCCUGCGUGAUGGGAAUGAGCACUGUCUGCUGCUCAUUGAAGUGUUCCCAGAGGACGUAGCCGUCUACAAGUGUGAGGCCAAGAAUGAGGGUGGUGUUGACACCAGUUCAGCUGCACUGAAUGUCGAAGGUAACCAUUACAUUUUUGUGUGAUAAUAAUGCCAAGUCAAAGAAAAUUAUGACAUAACAGAAGACCAUUUGUUGUCAAAAGCUAGUUGUAAAGGUAUACCAUUCAUGCAAAUGUCAUUUAUUCCUUAUAUGAUUAUGCUAUCGUAUCAACAUUUUGAAGAGGGCUAAGAUGCCCAUGAUGUCUUUGUUUAGUCUCAGAAGAUAUUACCGCACAUAUAAAUAACUGCUAAUUUUGCUAAUUCAUUUUCAUUUCAGUCUCAGAAGUAGUUUCUCCUAUAACUGGAGCUCCUCUGUCCCCACCUACCAUUGUCUCACCAAUCAGCCACACCUCAACAACUGAGGGAGAGUCUGUCAGAUUCCAGUGCAAAGUUACUGGAGAAGGUAUUUUGCACAGUACAUUGUUGGGAUGAGUUGGAAUAAAAAGUCAUUUAGUCAAUUCCUGGAAUUGAAUUCAUAAUUGUAAUAGUUAUAAUUGUGGAAGUAGACCUUUUAUUACCCUACCGGUCAAAAGUUUUAGAACACCUACUCAUUCAAGGGUUUUUCUUUAUUUUUACUAUUUUCUUAAUUGUAGAAUAAUAGUGAAGACAUCAAAACUAUGAAAUAACACAUAUGGAAUCAUGUAGUGACCAAAGAAGUGUUAAACAAAUCAAAAUAUAUUAUAUUUGAGAUUCUUCAAAUAUCCACCCUUUGCCUUGAUGACAGCUUUGCACACACUUGGCAUUCUCUCAACCAGCUUCACCUGGAAUGCUUUUCCAACAGUCUUGAAGGAGUUCCCACAUAUGCUGAUCACUUGUUGGCUGCUUUUCCUUCACUCUGCGGUCCGACUCAUCCCAAACCAUCUCAAUUUGGUUGAGGUCGGGGGAUUGUGGAGGCCAGGUCAUCUGAUGCAUCACUCCAUCACUCUCCUUCUUGGUAAAACAGCCCUUACACAGCCUGGAGGUGUUGGGUCAUUGUCCUGUUGAAAAACAAAUGAUAAUCCCACUAAGCCCAAACCAGAUGGGAUGGCAUAUCGCUGCAGAAUGCUGUGGUAGCCAUGCUGGUUAAGUGUGCCUUGAAUUCUAAAUAAAUCACAGACAGUGUCACCAGCAAAGCACCCCCACACCAUAACACCUCCUCCUCCAUGCUUUACGGUGGGAAAUACACUGCGUCUCACGCAGUGGUUGGAACCAAAAAUCUCAAAUUUGGACUCCAGACCAAAGGACAGAUUUCCUAUUCUUAUUGGUGUCCUUUAGUAGUGGUUUCUUUGCAGCAAUUCGACCAUGAAGGCCUGAUUCACACAGUCUCCUCUGAACAGUUGAUGUUGAGAUAUGUCUGGUACUUGAACUCUGUGAAGCAUUUAUUUGGGCUGCAAUUUCUGAGGCUGGUAACUCGAAUGAAUUUAUCCUCUGCAGCAGAGGUAACUCUGGGUCUUCCAUUCCUGUGGUGGUCCUCAUGAGAGCCAGUUUCAUUAUAGCGCUUGAUGGUUUUUGCAACAGCACUUGAAAAAGUUAUUGAAAUGUUCUGUAUUGACUGACCUUCAUGUCUUAAAGUAAUGAUGGACUGUCGUUUCUCUUUGCUUAUUUGAGCUGUUCUUGCCAUAAUAUGGACUUGGUCGUUUACCAAAUAGGGCUAUUUUCUGUAUACCAACCCUACCUUGUCACAACACAACUGAUUGGCUCAAACACAUUAAGGAUAGAAAUUCCACAAAUUAACUUUUAAGAAGCACACCUGUUACUUGAAAUGCAUUCCAGGUGACUACCUCAUGAAUCUUGUUGAGAGAAUGCCAAGAGUGUGCAAAGCUGUCAUCAAGGCAAAGGGUGGCUAUUUGAAGAAUCUCAGAUAUAAAAUAUAUUUUGAUUUGUUUAACCCUUUUUUGGUUACUACAUGAUUCCAUAUGUGUUAUUUCAUAGUUUUGAUGUCUUCACUAUUAUAAUACAAUGUAAAAAAUAGUAAAACAUAAAGAAAAACCCUUGAAUGAGUAGGUGUUCUAAAACUUUUGACCGGUAGUGUAUGUGUUAUUGUCCUUGUUGCAUUAGAAGGUGAGGCAUGAGACCCUCUACUUUAUAAAAAAUAAAGUUUAUUAUAAAUCCAUAGUUAAAAACAUACAGUGAUGUUUCAGUCAUAGACAUUCAUCAGACAGAGCUAAUUUAUCAGACAGUAAUUUUUAAGAAUAAUAUACUUUUACUUCAUUUUGUAUGUAUAUAUUAAUGUUUGCUCACAAUUAUUAUUAAUAAAUAAAAACAUUUGAUCAUCAAAAAAGUAAUAAUCUAAUUUUAAAUACAAUCCUCUCUUCUCCAUUCGUAGCUCUGAAGAUGUCCUGGUUCCGUGGUGAGAAGGAAAUUAAGCAGUCAAACUUCUUCAGGAUGUCUACGUUUGAUGACACCUGCCAGCUGGAGAUCACCAGAGUGUACCCCAAGGAUGAGGGGGAAUACACCUGUGUUGCCAGAAACCCAGCAGGAAUGGUCACAUGCUCUGCACAUUUGAAACUUGAUGGUGAGUGUGCAUACCUUUCUGUAACCACAUGGUUUCCUAUUGAGUUAUUUUGAUGUUGUUUCGAUCUAAGCCUAGAAUGCAUAGGUUGAUCACAAGUAGUCAAACAAUACAUAUUUUCACUAGAAAUACAGUGUAUAUUCAAUAUAUAAUAUGAUUUGCAGUAUCUCUUAAAUUAAGAUGUACUUUUUCUUUCUUUCACUAGAAAUAUACAACAUGGAUAUGUGUAUCUGUGUCCAUUCCAUAAAAAUGCUAAUACUCAAUUCAUUGAACAUGCUUCCUUUCAGGGCAAAAACAAAUUAUGGAUAUUACAUCCGAUUCUCAAAGGCCUGUCUCAACCAGUCUUUCAACAAGCUUGUCAAGUGUAAAGAAGGAGCAAAUUGCACAAAGGCCCACUUUUAUUCACCUAAUAGAGAGCUGUGUGGUUCAGCAUGGUGAAGUGGCCAGGUUCCAUGCUUGUGUAUCCAGCAUGCCAAAGCCAGAGAUUAGCUGGUAUCAUAACCAGCAGACAAUUAAGCCUACCAAAGAUAUUGUCUUUCAUUUUGAUGAGAUGACAAACACCACCACACUAACUAUAGUUGAUGCUUUCUCUGAGCAUGCUGGCCAAUACACUUCCAAAGCAACCAAUAACGCUGGAGAGACGGUGUGCACAGCAACCCUUGCAGUAACCAAAGAAGAAGGUAACUUGUUAUGUACCUCAAAUUAGCCGGUUAUUUUACCACAUAGUGUAAUUAAUCAUCUAUUCAAUUUCACGAAUGUCCUUUCUCCAACCAACACCUCUCAUUAAACUAUCCAAAUGACUUGCUUCUUCUUGAAAGAAACCUUUCUUUCCCAUAUUUUAGUUUACUAACCUCACAAUUUAACCUCACAAUUUAAAAUAGAAUAGUACAAAUAUGUUAGUCACUUCUUUAGUUAUAAUACCUAGAUGCUUCAGUAGAAUACAUUUUCUUCUUUUCAUUAUUCUCUGUCACUCCUUGCUCUCCUUGCAGCUUGAGUAGGUAGUACAUUCUCCUUCUAUCAUUCCUCUUUCUCGCUCCUUGCUGUCCUUGGUUGUGAAAUCCCUCCCAGCGAUAUCUCUGUGUACUGUGCAUGUUUUAGCCUAUACUAUCUGGAGUUGAAUCCAACUGUCAAACUGCUUUGUUUGUUUGUACCGCUGUACCAUCAAAGUGGAAACAUGUUCAAAUGAUUGUAAUCAGUGAAGGAGUUUGAGUUAAAAUAGUUAGCAUAACCUCUGAAAAGCAUUUUUGUCCAGCAGGAUGUCACUUCAAGGAAAUGACAUCUGAGCUAAGCAUUAAGUCCAAUAUUGCUCCUUGAAAUGAGCAAUCUCAAAAUUAUAGAUGGAUCAGUCCAGUAUCUUUUUCUUGAAGCUUUUUUAAUUAGGCUCUCACAUACAGAGUAAGAAAUUAAGCUAAAAUGGGAGGGAAUUAUUACCCAUCAUCAUCUUAAAAUAUUGUCUUAGCUGACAGUAACUCUUGAUUUCCUUUACAGUAACCCAUAUGAAGGAAGAGAUUGAAACAACCAUUGAGCAAGAAGUCAAAGGUAAGACUCAUUUAUACUCUUUAUUACUGAAAUGUACUUCCUCAAUCCCUUAGUUGAAUGACAUGAACCUGAGCAUAUUUAUAAGUGAUUUCUGAAUGUUCACACUUCAUGCAAGCGGACAAAAUGUUUUUGAUGCUAAAGCACACACUAAGUAAAGCGAAAGCAUGCUUAUUUAAAAAAACAAAUCCACUUAUUUUGCAAUAAUUAUGCCUUUUAAGAAAUGUAUGUUCUGAAGAAAUGUCCACAGAAGAAGGAACAAAACAUCCAGCAAUUUUCGUGUCAGAAUCUUUAAAAAAGAAUCAAGUCUUGCGUUUCUUCGAAAAAAUAUGGUGAGUGAAAUUGUUUUUUAUGGCUUUGUGACUUGCUGCAUGUAAUUAAUAUUUCCAUUAAUAUUCAUUUCAAAAAUUUGAUUUUGUUAUCUUUUUUUUAUUUUUUUUUAGAGUUGUUUUAUAAUAAAAGGACUGAGUUUCGGGAGAACAGAGGGCAGAUGCGCGGAGCCUUUUCAGACACGGAGGAGAACUUGGAUCAAGCCAACAAUUCAUCCAUCAAGCCAUCUUUUACAAAAAAGCUGAAGUUCCAGAAUGUUCUAGAGGGGGAACCUGCUGUGGUUAGAUGCAGAUUGGUAGCUUUCCCAACCCCAACCAUAAUAUGGUUUCAUGACAAUAGACCGAUUCAGAAAGAACGCUGUCAUAGAAUACGUACAGAGAGCACUAUGCACAUGCAUGUGACUAGUUUAGUCAUUGAUAGUAUAAGACAAAGACUCCGGCAGUUACAAAGUAAUGGUUAUUAACACAGAGGGGUCUGCAGAGUUCAUAGCAUCACUUCAGGUGUCAUUGAGGGAAGAACAUGGCAAUUAUCUAAGCCAUGUUAGACGGUCAACUAGACUUCACGGUUGCUUGAUCAAAAAAAGGAGAGAAAAUUCAGGGUUGACCUGAGAUGUGUUGGGUCUCCAUUUGAUAAAAAGUCCAAACCUAGUGGCAGAUCCAGAUCUAAGGAUGCACCAGUUCGCACCUUGUACUUCAGAAGCUUAUCACCAACAAGAGGGAAAGAUAAAGAAACUAAUCUGAAUGAAACAGCAUCUGAACGAGCCCGCUCUCCACCUUCUAUAUUUGGUGGAGAAAGGUUUAGUAGGUCUGAAAGGUUUAACGACAGAUACAGUUAUAUCUACUGUGACAGACACACUGGCAGAUUCAGCGACAUGUUCAGUGAUAGGUGCAGUGAUAUAUUCAGCGACACAGAAAGCCUCCACGGAGAGGUAAAAGCCAAGCUUGGCCUGUUACAAAAUGCAGUCAAACGAAAAAAGAGGCUCUCUAUGUCCACAAUGUCAUCAUCAAACGCGAGUGAAACCAGCUUUGCAGAUUAUGUUGUCGAU